UAGUUGGUGUGGGAACUCGUCAACUAAGGAGGGUAUAGAGGCAGUAGCGAGACGCAGCUGAGCUCGGUCUCCUCCAUUCCAGAUCUCGGAUCCUGCAGCGACGCAAUGGAGAGGGAGGAAGCCUUGGAGUUGGAGAGUGGAGAAGGAAGGCCCUUGCUCCCUUUGAGUGCAACCUCAAGACAAACUGAGAAUGAAUUGAGAGGACCUCACCAUAGAUCUAGCGUCUCGAAAGCACCAGCAAUAAUUUUGGGAUUUGAAUACUUGGAUAGUGUCGCAUUCAAUGGUGUUGGAGCGAACUUAAUUGUGUAUCUUCAUACUGUUCUCCAUGGGAACAAUGCUGCGAAUGCUGCUAAUGUGGCCACUUGGAGUGGAACAUGUUUCUUGACACCCCUGUUUGGUGCUAUUGUUGCUGACACCUAUUGGGGAAAUUAUAAGACUAUAAUGAUUUCCCUUGUGGUGUACCUCCUAGGAAUGAUUACAAUAACUUCCUCUGCUUUUUCGGCAUCUUCAACCCUUCUGUUCUGUGGGUUGUACCUAGUGGCGAUUGGGAGUGGAGGUGUCAAGGCAGCACUUCUUCCUUUUGGUGCAGAGCAGUUUGAUGAUGAGAACCCUUCAGAUAGAGAGAAAAAGGGGGCUUUCUUUGGUUGGUUUUAUCUUUCUAUCACCUUAGGAGCACUCACUUCAAUGACCUUCAUAGUAUGGAUACAAGAAAAUAUAAGUUGGGGACUUGGAUAUAGUAUUGCAACAUUCUGCAUGGCUGCUGCCUUAGCAGCCUUUGUAAUGGGCACACCACAUUAUCGACGCAGGUUGCCAAGUGGCAGUCCAUUGCAAAGUAUUCUACAAGUAAUUUUUGCUUCCUACAAGAAGAGGAGUGCAGAAAUUCCCAGAGAUAUCAGUCUCUUGUAUGAGGUGAACAAGGACUCAUCAGAUGUCGGAGAGCAGAGAUUGGCACAUACAAAUGGAUUCAGGUUCUUAGACAAAGCAGCAACUAUUUCUGCCCUGGAUUUGAAGGAUGGUUCUCCUCAGUACUCCUGGAGUUUAUGCACUGUUACCCAAGUAGAAGAGUUGAAGAUGUUCCUUCGGCUUAUUCCGAUAUGGGCUAACAGUAUAAUAUAUGCGGCUGUGUUUGCUCAAAUGUUCACCACCUUCAUUCAGCAAGGGAGUGCAAUGAACACAAAGAUUGGCUCAUUCUCCAUCCCUCCCGCAUCCUUGUGUUCUUUCGAAAUCAUAAGCGUUAUGAGUUGGGUUUUCGUCUACAACAACAUCAUAGCCCCUGCCGCUAAGCGAUACUUUGGAAACGGAAUGGGGCUGUCACAGCUUCAACGGAUGGGAAUAGGUCGUUUCCUUCUGAUCCUAGCAAUGCUAACAGCUUCUUACAAUGAGACCAAGAGAUUGGAAAGUUUUAAAGCUGGCAAAUCCCUGAGCAUUGCAUGGCAACUCCCCCAAUUCUUUGUCCUGGCCAGUUCAGAGGUCUUCAACAACAUUACCCAGCUCGAGUUCUUCUUUGCGCAGGCACCUGACAGGAUGAAGAGCAUAUGCACAGCAAUGGUCCUCUUCUCGAUGUCGUUAGGCAAUUACUUGAACUCGUUCAUAAUCACAUUCAUUGCCAUUGUCACCUCAGGGGAAGGGCGGCCUGGCUGGAUCUCGAAUGACCUGAACAAAGGGCAUCUCGAUUACUACUUCUUGGUGUUGGCACUUCUGUCGACAUUGAACUUUUUGGUUUAUAUCGCAUUUGCAAAGAACUACACACUAAAGAAGGCCAUCUCAGAGAGUUAGUGUGACACAAGGAUUCCAAGCGUGGAUCGCCUGUAUUAAUAUGUUUCUAAAGCUUCCUGUAGUACACACUAGCCCAUAAUGCUCAUAAUAAGUUGUUGCAAUGGAUCAUGUAAAAUCUUUUUAUACCAACACUUUCUUGGUGAAAUUGGAGGAUCCUGUUUUUUUUUUCCCUUCA